UUGUUUUUACUGGUGUGAGAGNUGUAUGAUGGGAGGUCGCUAAUUAUCGAUGGGCAAAGGAAGCUUUUGUUCUCUGGCUCAAUUCAUUAUCCAAGAAGCACACCCGAUAUGUGGCCAUCUCUUAUAUGGAAAGCCAAGCAAGGCGGGAUUGAUGUAAUUGACACUUAUGUAUUUUGGAACCUCCACGAGCCUCAACAAGGGCAGUAUGAUUUUAGUGGCAGACAUGACAUUGUGGAAUUUAUCAAGGAAGUUCAAGCUCAGGGUUUGUACGUUUGCCUUCGGAUCGGGCCCUUUAUUGAGGAACAGUUUUACAUGAAGAAUUUUACAACAAAAAUAGUUGACUUGAUGAAAUCAGAGAAAUUGUACGCCUCACAAGGCGGUCCUAUUAUACUUUCUCAGAUUGAGAACGAGUACCAAAAUGUAGAAAGAGCCUUCCACGAUAAAGGGCCGCCAUAUGUUCUUUGGGCCGCUAAGAUGGCUGUCGGCCUUAAGACUGGUGUCCCAUGGAUUAUGUGCAAGCAAGAUGAUGCUCCUGAUCCCGUGAUCAACACAUGCAAUGGAAUAAGAUGUGGAGAGACAUUUUCGGGCCCAAACUCAGCAAACAAGCCAGCACUUUGGACAGAAAACUGGACACACUUUUAUUACGACCCGGCUCCCCUCGAUGAAUACGGAUUAAUCACACAGCCAAAGUGGGGUCAUCUCCAGGAACUACAUGCAGCAGUAAAGCUGUGCUCAUAUACUCUACUUUACGGAUCACGGAAUAUUACCUCUUUAGGUGCACUACAAGAUGUAAGCACACAAAGUAAUACAAGAACAAGGCAACCAGCUGUGAAGUUGGACUCAGCUGAAAAAUGGGAAGAAUAUAAUGAAAUUAUUCCAAUAUUCGAGGAUACCUCUAUGAGGUCGGAUUUUUUGCUAGAACAGAUGAGUACUACAAAAGAUACGUCUGAUUAUCUAUGGUACACUACAAGCUAUGAGCAAACAGAGGACUCAGAACAGGUGAUUACGGUAAAGUCUCGUGGGCAUGCUUUGCGUGCAUUUGUCAAUGGAGAGCUUGUUGGUGCUGGACAUGGAUUUUUCAGAAAUACAGAUUUCACUUUCGAGACCAAAAUUGAUCUAAAAAGUGGAAUUAACAACAUCUCUUUGCUAAGCAUUAUGGUUGGCCUACCGGAUUCUGGUGCAUACAUGGAGAGAAGAGCUGCAGGAUUGGAAUCUGUCAGCAUUCAAAGUAAUCGAGUUGUCGAAAAUAUGAGGGCUAACUUUCAAUGGGGUUAUCAGGUUGGGCUACUGGGAGAGAAGUCACAGAUUUACACAGAAGAAGGAUCAAAACAUACAUGCUGGAGCAAAUUAAGCAAUUAUUCUCGGCCACUCAAAUGGUAUAAGACCAAAUUUGAUGCACCUGAUGGACCUGAUCCGGUUGCACUAAAUCUUGCCACCAUGGGAAAAGGCGAAGCUUGGAAAAAUAUGGUGAUUUUCCGGUGGCUUGUGGCGACGGCUCUAGCGGCGGCGCUCUGUAUUGUGAGUGGCCGCCAUGUGAGCUACGACGGGAGGUCUUUAAUGAUCGAUGGGCAGAGGAAGCUAUUUUUCUCCGGCUCGAUUCAUUAUCCAAGAAGCACACCCGAUAUGUGGCCAUCCCUAAUAUCAAAAGCCAAAAGUGGAGGACUUAACGCAAUUGACACUUAUGUUUUCUGGAACCUUCACGAGCCCCAACCAGGACAGUAUGAUUUCAGGGGGAGACAUGACAUAAUAAGAUUUAUAAAGGAAGUUGAAGCUCAAGGCCUCUAUGUUUGCCUUCGAAUUGGACCCUUCAUUGAAAGUGAAUGGUCCUAUGGGGGCCUUCCUUUCUGGCUUCAUGAUGUUCCCAACAUUGUUUUUCGAUCUGACAAUGGACCGUUUAAGAUCAACGCAUGCAAUGGAUUUAGGUGUGGGGAGACAUUUGUGGGCCCAAAUUCAGCAAAAAAACCAGCAAUUUGGACAGAAAACUGGACACACUUCUAUGACUUAUAUGGCAGCAUCACUAAAAUCAGAGCAGUUGAGGACAUUGCAUAUCAGGUUGCUCUAUUCAUAGUCAAAAUGAAUGGCAGCUUCAUAAACUAUUACAUGGCCUAUGUUUAUUCAAGAAAGAAAGGAGAAUGUGCAGCAUUUUUGGUCAACACGAACAGUAGACAUAAUGCAGAUGUUCAAUUUCGAAAUCGAACAUAUCAAAUUCCACGCCAUUCGAUCAGUAUAUUGCCAGACUGCAAAACUGUUGUGUUUAACACAGCCAAGGUAAGCGCCCGAAAUAAUAACACAAGAACAAGGCAACCAGUGGUGAAGUUAGACUCACCACAAAAAUGGGAAGAAUAUGAUGAAGUUAUUCCAGUAUUCGACGAUACUUCUCUGAGGUCACAUUUGUUGUUAGAACAGAUGAAAACUACAAAAGACAAAACGGAUUAUCUAUGGUACACUGCAAGUUAUCAGCAGGAUAAGCAAUCACAAGCCGUGAUUAAUGUCACAUCUCGUGGGCAUGUUUUGCGUGCAUUUGUCAAUGGAGCACUUAUUGGCUCUGGACACGGAACCAAAAGAAAUACAAAUUUCAGAUUCGAGACCAAAAUAGCUCUAAAAGGUGGAGUUAACAAUAUCUCUUUGCUAAGCAGUAUGGUUGGUCUACCGGAUUCGGGAGCAUUUAUGGAGCGCAGUGCUGCAGGAGUGGAAACUGUCAGCAUCCAUAAUGAUCGAGCUUUAGAGAAGAACUUGAUGACUAACAAUCAGUGGGGAUACCAGGUAGGACUACUGGGAGAGAGGUUGCAGAUUUACACAGAGAAAGGAUCAAUUCAAGCACAAUGGAGAAAAUUCAACCCUUCUUCUAAGACACUAAAAUGGUAUAAGACUACAUUUGAUGCACUCGAGGGCUCUAAUCCUGUUGCACUAAAUCUCGGCACCAUGGGAAAAGGUGAAGCUUGGAUUAACGGUCAGAGUAUUGGCCGGUAUUGGAUAUCCUUUCUUACGCCAGCUGGCACUCCUUCACAAAUAUGGUAUCAUCUACCAAGAUCCUUCCUCAGACCUACAGGCAAUCUCUUAGUAUUGUUUGAAGAAGAAAUAGGCAAUCCUCUAGGCAUAACAGUCGAUACAAUCUAA